GUUUCAGUCAGGCGCGGGGCGGGCAGCCCGCGGCGGGGCCUCGCGGCCGCAGCUAGGCGGCGCCGAGCGGCUGCGCCUCCCUCUUUCGCGCUCAGCGGCCGGCGAGGAAGGAUGGGGAAGUGCCGAGGGCUCCGUACGGCUCGGAAGCUCCGCAGCCACCGCCGCGACCAGAAGUGGCACGACAAGCAGUACAAGAAGGCCCACCUCGGGACGGCGCUGAAGGCCAACCCCUUCGGCGGCGCCUCCCACGCCAAGGGGAUCGUCCUGGAGAAAGUUGGAGUAGAAGCUAAACAGCCCAACUCUGCCAUCAGGAAAUGUGUGAGAGUUCAGCUGAUUAAGAAUGGCAAAAAAAUAACAGCUUUUGUUCCCAACGAUGGCUGUCUGAACUUCAUUGAGGAGAACGAUGAAGUCCUGGUCGCUGGUUUCGGUCGGAAGGGUCAUGCUGUUGGUGACAUUCCUGGAGUUCGCUUCAAGGUUGUCAAAGUAGCCAAUGUUUCUCUGUUGGCCUUGUACAAGGGCAAGAAGGAGAGGCCAAGAUCAUAAAUCUAGAUUGAUUUGCCAAGAAUGUCAAUAAAAUUUUUGAUUGGAAAAACUUC